AUGGCAUACGAAAAUUGUGUAGUUUGCGGGAAAAGAUAAGAUGGUUUAUAUAAGUUGGUGCCUCAUUUUAGAUCAAAUCAUUCUAGCAAAUACAUUCAUAAGAUGUGUCUGCUUUUAUUUCGUUCUGAUUGGAAUCAUCGAGUUGCUGUGAAUGAGGGAUUGUAUUACAAUGACUACAGAAGACAUUGUUCGAUAUGUGAUAAACGAAGUAAGCAACAGGUGGUUAGAUGUGCACACAGGUAUACACUUUAAUUAUGUAAUCCAGUUCUUGUAGAAAUAGAUUUCAUUUGGACUGCUUAAAUAAUCCUGUAAUAUAAGUAAACUCAAAUCCCAGGAAUCAUUAUCCGAGGUUAGAUGUUUAUUGUCCCGAGCAUUCUUUCGAUUUAAUUAGACCCAACAAUUUAGACAAGUGUGUAGAAUCCAUUUUCAAUGACCAUCUAUUAAGUUAGGAAUAAGAACCUGGCUAAAUUUAGAAGAGCAAACACAAAAAAAAGCAUAAGAAGAAGCAUUCUCGAUCUAGGUCCAGAUCUCAUAGGAAAUCACGCAGACGAUCCAGUAGCCAAUGUCGAUUUAGUGAUAGUCGGAGUUCGAAAUCAUCAAAAUCGCAACUCAAAAAUCCUCCUCUCCCAGAAAAAGUCAGUUUGCUAAUUAUCCCUGAAAGCAAGAUCACUGACUGUAUGAUAAGAGAAGUUAAAAGUCUGACCUAAGCUACUAUUUUGGAAAAAGAGGAAUCUUAUAUUGAACCUUUGCCAAUCCCUCAACCUCAACCUCCACCUCCACCUUAACCAAUAAAUUUAUAGAAAGGGGUCGAAAAAUAAAUAAUUUAUCCCCAAAUCCAAAGGCCUUUUGUUGAAGACCCUGAGUUCCCCUAUACUGAGAGGGAAAACAAGAGGGAUCAGUCCAUUUUGAAGUGGUGGGACAAAAUAGAGGAAAUUUACUUUAAAGGGGAAGAGAAACUACAAUACACUAAGAUAGAAGAAUUCAAGAACCCCUUUGAAUGGUCUAAUCAAGGACUGGAUGAGGAAUUGCUGAAUUAUGCUGAUCAGACCAAUAUUGGUAUUCACUCUCAUACUUAUUAUUAUUAUUAGAACCAAUCAUACAGUUGAGAUUUCAAUGUAGAGGAACCAUUAAUGUUUUAAUUCGAACUUCAAAAGCUCAGUAUUAGUACACUAAUUGUAAAAAUCUUUUAGUUUCAUUCGAUAUAGUUUUACCGAGCAUGUAGGCAAAGCAACACCCAAAGGAUUGUUGAGGACCAACAUACAAUUGUAUAGAUAUUUAUAAGAGACAGUUGACAUUCCUACAUAUUCUGAUAAGGAAAUAGUUGGCAAAGAUCUUAUUUAUUUAGAAGGUUGCGAAUUGUCUAAAUAGGAAUAUUAGGAUUGUUUUGAAUUAGAAUAGCAAAUUAAAGAAGUUAAUUCUAAAUUGGAAUCUCAAUUAGACAUUGAAAGUGAUGCAAUCCAACAAUUUGAUAUUGUCUAUCAUAUCUUGAAUAAAGAACUCACCUCUGUUGUUUAAUAAAACAAUCAAUCCAGAGAGUAAAUCAAUUCCAAAAUCAACGACUAAAAUUUCAAAAUACUAAACACUCAACAGCAACUCCUGAUUGACUUGUUAAAGUGGUCAUAAAUAGUCAAAGCCUUCAUCAAUGGAUACAAGGAUAAGAAUGAAGAUGUGCUAAAUUCCUUUUAUCCUUGCCAAUUAACAUUGACCUCCCAAUCCUCUCAAAAAGCUUAGUAAAAGAAGAAGAAAAUCCACUCCAAAGAAAAUACCCAACCUUUAGACACAGACUGCAAAAUCUGUUUUGAUUAUCAUUAUACAGAUAUCAACCCUGUUAUCUAUUGUGGAAAGUGCUCAACAUCAUUUCAUAAGAAUUGCUAUGGUUUGAGUGGACCCCUUGAUGAAGAUGAUGUUAUUUGUGAAGCAUGUAGCUAUGAAUCCUCAAAGUUGUAUUAGUUCAGGAGAGGUAUAUUCAUUAGAUUUAUAAGGUGCGGCAAAAUGUGGAAUAUGCAAAAAAUUAGGAUUGCCCUAAAAGUACAUUAGAAAUCACUUCUAUCAUGUUUCUUGUUUGCUUUUAACUAAUUAAGUCAUUUUAUCAGACGGUGCCUAUGCUGUAAGAUAUAGGAAGAACGAUAUUAAACAAUUUUGUAAAGACAAUGAAUAAAGUACACCUUAAUGUGCUGUUUGCGGAGAUUCUAAAGGUUUAAUUAUCAAUUGAAUUUCAGGAUUUCGUUUUUUGUGUUCUGGAGGUGGAACCAUACCGUGUAAACAUGCCUUCCAUCCCAUCUGCGCUUAUCUGCAUGGUUUGACCAUUGACAUCGAAAGUGAAGAUCUUGAACAGUGUUGCAAAGAAUUACGGUUUGCUUAAUUAAACGUGCAUAUCAAAUGUGUCUUACAUUGCAAUAAAACAUUGUAAGAAUUAGUAUAGUAAACUUACUACAGGUAUUGAUUAGUCAUCAUAUUUUAUAGAAGAUUUGCACUGAAUUAUGAACAGACUGCCAAAUGUGGAGGGGAAGACCUAUUCAUAGAGGAAUUCAAGAAAUCUAAAGGCUAUAGGUAAGAAUUUUAAGAAAACUCUUAAGAUAUCUCUCGCUCAAGUUACCAAUUUCAAGAAAUGACAAUUUAUAAUAAUUUAUUAAUUAAAAUGGUACACCAACCCAACAGAUGUGAG